CGUCUCCAGAUUCCACCACACCAUGACACCUGUCGCGCUCCCGCGGACCGACCUGUUGCCCUGGGAACACAUUCUUCAGAUUAUGGCUGUACUGUGUGCGGUUUUGUUUGUGCGUCAGAUAACAGUCGUUGUGCCAAAUAAAAAGCAGCAGUCGCUGGCUCUCUCACCCAGACAUCAUUUCUCCACGAGUGCAAGUCCGCGCGUGUGACUUAGGUUCACUCUUCUCCACAUCGAAGGAUUCUUUCUAUUUCUCUCCAGCUCAGCGUCAACGUGGGAGGUUGGUUCUUUUUUCGUGGACUUCACACCACUCGUCAUAAACACAUCUAGCGUUGAGUGAGUGAGUGAGUGAGUGAGUGAGUGAGUGAGUGAGUGAGUUCUGUGCAGCUCAAACAGCCAUAUACGUCUCUUGGAUGUGUCGUCAAGGUAGCUCGGUUUCUUUGACUGAGUUCUGAAGUUUGUUGAGGACUAAUUCCUACACACAGAUCUUCACUGGACUAUUGCCUAUAUCUUGAUCGUCAAAGAACUGUUUCUCAAAUCUUCACAAGAAUAUUGCCCAAAUCUUCACUGGACCUUUUCCUUUAUUAUCCCGAUAUUCACCGGACUGUAGCCUUAAUCUUCACAGGACUAAAGACUUAAUCUUCGUAGGACUAUUGACACUAUUUCGAUCUUCACAGGACUUUUGUUUUUAUUUAAAGCAUCACUAAACUAUUGCCCAAAUCGUGAUCUUCGUAUAACUACCAGAUUCAUUAGUGCAUCGGUAAAAUCCUCAAACAAAACAAAUCAAAUAAGCCGUCGAGCCAAAAACCCAAACAUCAAACACAAUGGGCAAAAGUCUCUCACGCGCCUCCAAAGAAGACAUGAGAUUUCUGACACAGAACACCAAGUUCCGCAAAGACCAGAUCGAGCGGUGGUACAAGGGCUUCAUGAAGGAUUGCCCGGACGGAAAACUGACCAAAGACAAGUUCUUGAAAGUGUACUCCGAGUUUUUCCCGCAGGGGAACUCCAGCGAGUUCUGUGAGUUCGUCUUCCGAUCUUUCGACAUAGAUAAAAACGGCACGAUCGAGUUUAAGGAAUUUUUGGUGGCCAUCAGCAUGACCUCUAAGGACAGUGACCCCGAGCAGAAGCUCAACUGGGCCUUCUCCCUCUACGACAUUGACGGUAACGGGACGAUCGACCAGACUGAAAUGGAGAAGAUCAUAACGGCCAUCCACCAUCUCCUGGGCAGUCUGGCGGAUCAGGUGAAGGAGACCCCCAAGGAGCGGACACAGGGUAUCUUCUCCCGGAUAGACACCAACAAAGACGGCGUCAUCUCAAAGGAGGAGUUUGUGGAGGGCUGCAUGCACGACCCGGUGCUCCAACAGCUGCUCACGGUGGACGCCACGUCAGUGGUAGAUAAAUGAGAGGGGGGACACCACGUCAUUGGUAGAUAAGUGAGGGUGGAGGGGACGUCACGUCAGAGGUAGAUAAAUGAAAGGGGGGG